AUGGACGAUCCCGACCUAGAUACUCUAGGAAGGGUAAUUUGUCUUUUUAUGUUUAAUAUUCUUAUCUUGAAUAUCAGGGAAAUUGCGGAUCCUCAAUCUCUUGGUAGACAUAAACUUUUGUCUAGGAUUCAUAAGGUGGAUAUGCUUGCUAUUUUGGAACCCUUGGUCGCCUCCCCGGAUGAUCGUAUUUUGGGUAAAUUCAAAAACUUCAAUUUUUUUGCUAAUUGUUCUAACAAAAUCUGGUUGUUUUGGAGAAAGCAUGUUACAGUUGACAUCAUUACGGAUGACAGACAGUUUGUUCAUACCAAUUUCAAUAUGGAUAUGUUCUCUGGCUUUCUUAACUUUGCUUAUGUUGGGACUUCUAAUGUUGCAAGAGCUGACCUCUGGCACAAGCUUGUUGUUAUGGGAACUUCUAUCAAUCAAAACUUGAUGGUUGGUGGUGAUUUCAACAUGGUGAUGCAUGAGCCUGAGAAGCUUGGUGGCAGAAGAUUUGAUUUCACUUUAACUAAUAAUUUUAAUGAGUCUAUGGCUCUUGUUGGUAUCUCGGAUUUGGGGUUUAUAGGCUCUAAAUUUACUUGGAAGAGGGGCAAGCUCUUUGAAAGACUUGAUAGAUGCCUUGUUAAUCAGCAGUGGAACACCUCUUAUGAUUUCUCUCAAGAGAGGGGUAACGUUUGGUAUGUUCUUUGGAAACUUCACAAGAGGGUUGCGACUGUUUUGAGAUCUUGGAAUUGGGAUGUUUUUGGAGACGUUGAUGCUAGAGUUAAAAAAGUUGAACAAAGGGUAAGUAAUCUUCAAGCUCUUGAUGAUAACACCAUUGACAUUAUUCACAAGUUAGAGGAUGCUAAUAAAGAACUUCUUGAGGCUUCUCUUUGGGAGGAGUUGCUUCAACAAAAGGCGAGGGAAACUCACUUUACUCAAGGUGAUAGAAAUACUAAGUAUUUUCAUGAUUGUAUCAAACAAAGAAGAGCUAAUAACAUCGUUAUGAGAAUUAAAAACAAUGAGGGGCAUUGGAUUACUGAGAUGAGGAAAUUGGGGGAGAAUGUUGUGUCACACUUUGCUAAACUUUUUGAGUUUCAUGAGACGACGGACGAUAUUGAUGUCUCUUUGUUUGAAGAUGUGAGACAUCAUAUGGUGCAUAUGGAUCUUUGUGUUAUUCCUACGAUUGAGGAGAUUUAUUCCACUCUCCUUGAGAUUAAUUAUAAUAAGGCCCCAGGGCCUGAUGGCUUUACUUCUGCUUUCUAUAUUACUUGUUGA